GUGCUCGCUUGAAUACAAUCAACUAGUUUGUUCAUCGAUUCACAGCAACAAGCUUCCAAAAUAAUGGCUCUCCGUGUUACAAGGACUACGCGUCUGGCCAGCAGCGAGAAUCAGACCGCUCUGCCCGGGAAGGCAGUAGUACCGAACAAGCCCGCUCUGAGGCCGCGGGCCGCGCUGGGUGAGAUCGGCAACAAUCCUCUGACGCGACAGGCUUUAAGGAAGAAGGAUGUGAAGGCUGCACACAACGCAGAGGUCGUGGUUGCGAAUGCACCUGCAGUUCAGCAGCCCAAAAAGGAGACGACUAAAGUCCAGAAUGAAGUGCAGAUCGUGUCAGAACCUUCCUCUCCUGUUCCCAUGGAGACCUCCGGCUGCGUUUCAGAUGAUCUGUGUCAGGCUUUCUCUGAUGUUCUGCUCAAUAUCAAGGAUGUGGAUGCAGAUGACUAUGAUAAUCCCAUGCUUUGCAGUGAAUAUGUCAAGGACAUUUAUCUGUAUCUCUGUCAGCUUGAGAUUGAGCAAGCUGUAAGGCCAAAAUACCUGAAAGAAAGAGAGGUCACGGGAAAUAUGCGUGCCAUUCUUAUUGACUGGCUCGUCCAGGUUCAAAUUAAGUUUAGGCUGCUGCAGGAAACUAUGUACAUUACUGUUGCCAUCAUUGAUCGCUUCCUUCAGGAUAAUCCAGUUCCCAAGAAGCAGCUCCAGCUGGUUGGUGUAACAGCCAUGUUCAUUGCCUCAAAGUACGAAGAAAUGUACCCACCUGAGAUUGCAGACUUUUCCUUUGUGACCGACCAAGCCUACAGCACUGCUCAGAUCCGAGAGAUGGAGAUGAGAGUCUUGAGGGUCCUCGACUUCAGCUUUGGAAGACCUAUGCCUCUGCAGUUCCUAAGGAGGGCUUCAAAGAUCGGCGACGUUACUGCAGAGCAUCACACAUUGGCCAAGUACUUCCUUGAGCUCACCAUGGUUGAUUAUGACAUGGUCCACUUUCCUCCCUCUCAAGUGGCUAGUGCAGCUUACGCCCUCACUCUGAAGGUCUUCAAUUGUGGAGACUGGACCCCUACUCUCCAGCAUUAUAUGGGAUACACCGAAGAUGAGCUGGUUCCUGUAAUGCAGCAUAUUGCCAAGAAUGUUGUGAGUGUCAACGAGGGGCUUUCAAAGCACCUGACCGUGAAGAACAAGUACUCUAGUCAGAAGCAGAUGAAAAUUGCCUCCAUUUCUCAGCUGAGAUCAUCCUUGAUCAAGGAUCUGGCCAAGCAAAUCUCCUAGUGAGGUUGUUUUGAAUAGACUUGAGCACUGUGUGCUGCCUUGUAAAAAUUGUAAAUUAUGCAUGCUUUUACUGUUAAACUUUUAAUCUUUUGUGGAAUGUUUUUACAUUCUCUUUUUUUGCACUGCCAUUCUAUUAGCAAAGAUGGAAUAGUUAUAUAUUUUUUUCAAAGUUUAUA